AUGUCAGGAAAUGUGCUUAUGGAUCUUAGUGUUAUGGCAGAUGAUGUAAUAGGUCCCAUGCUUUGUAAUCCUGAAAACCAGAAAGGGUGGCCAAAAAUUGUACAGCGAGAUAUGAGAAGGCAUGUGAACGAUCUCAGGAAUCUAAUGCAUCAACUCAAAGGGGAGAUGUCUAGCCAGGUCAUGUUGCCCAUGCCAGCCGGGGUGGAGAACAUUUAUUAUGCAGAAACAAGAAUUAAGGAAAGUGCUGAUAUAGAGUUUUAUGCUCACCGGCUUCGCAAUCUUGAGGGUAUUUACUCGCAGUUGCGUGACCCGCGCGUCAAACGUAUGGCGCAUUAUCUGGAGGAUACAAAGAGCGUCUACUUGAACUGCUUCAAAAGCAUGCUCACCAACGUAGUUGCAGCUAUAGUAGAAUGCCGUGACAUAUAUGUAUAUCAGAAGCCCCUUGUACAACAUUUCGAAACAUACGAGGGCACUGAUUUUCUUGAUUCAAAGCCGUUUAUUAGGCCGAUGUUUCACUGCAUCGGUCUUCUGUGGGGCAACUCUAGGUACUAUUGCAGUGUCGAGAAACUAAUACCAUUGUUGCGGGAAGUGUGCAACCUACUAAUCCAGCAGUGUACAAAUGCUAUCGACCCCAUAUCCAUUUUCCAAGGGGACCCUGACGAACAGUUGUCAAAAAUUAAAAAAGCGCUGGAUAUUUUGAAUCAUUUUGUUGACACGUAUUCCAUGAACCGCGACAAUGUGCAAACUUUUUUUCCGGCGGGUGUAUUUCCAGUACGAUGGUCUUUUGACUUUGAUCGCGUCUUUAUGCGUUUCAACGAGUAUAUGAAGCGGCUCUCCAUGAUCGAGUCUAUAUUGGAAGCAACAGUGGAGAUAUUCAAAUUGGAGAAAGUGGAGUUUAGUGGUUUAAGAGGAAAGAUACUUAGCACCGAGUGCAUGAAGGUUCUUGAUGAAUACACAUUAAUAUAUCAAAACCUUGGAAGCAUAACGUAUGAUCCUGCGGAUCCAGAAGAUGAAUCAUUCCAAAUGGAUUACGAAAAGCAUAUGCGUGUGCUUGAAGAUGUCGAUAAAAGGCUUGCUGCGCUCUUCUCUCAAGGCCUCGACGAAUGCCGAAACUUGCAACAGUUUUUCAAAUUUUUUCAAAUUAUUGGCGAUCUAUUUCAUCGGCCAAUUAUCAAGGAGGAGCUCAAACCUAAGCUGCCGAAGCUUAUAGAAUUGAUGCAUGAGAAUUUAGAUGACGUGAAAGAAAUCUACGAUGAAGAAAUGUCGAAAUUAACUAAAGGUCCAGAGAGACCAAUGGUCGACCCAUAUUUGCCGCCAGUGGGUGGUAUGAUCUGGUGGAUACAUAAGCUACGAAGGAGGAUACAGGAGCCUAUGGAAGAUUUCAUUUUAUUCGAAGACCCUAUCACAAGCAGCGAGGCGGCCGCGUACAUGAAGCAGAAGCACAACGAGAUGCUGGGCUACCUAAAUGUGCUGGAAGACAGACAGUUCAAGCAGUGGUGCGCAACUGUCCCCAACAUUUGCCAAGUGCACCUGGCUAAGAAUCUCAUAUAUCGUGAUCCACCCUUUGUCAGGAAUAAUUUUAGUCCUGAGUUAGUAAUGUUACUGCGCGAGAUACGCUAUAUGAAGUAUUUGGACAAACAAGGCAUUCCUGCUGAGGGUUUGGAGCUAUAUGCCCGAAAUGAAAAGCUACAGUAUGACAUGAAUCGUCUUAACCGCGCGAUCGCCUGGUACAACGAUAUACGGGAGGGCAGCCACGAGACCGAGGUGGCACUCAUUGAGAAAGAGAUUUCCGCCAUCGAUAAUUUACUCGGGCGCGGCGUAGAGGAGCUUACUUGGAAUGAUGAUUUCACGGAAUGGAUGGCGGAAGUGUACAGCGCAAUCAACACGCUGCAAGAGCGCGUGCUAAGCGCGCAGAGAAACGUGAAGCGCGGUUUGGCCAAUAUAGCGGCGUGGGGCGACAAGCCCCUGUACGUGCGCAAAGAGAAUCCCGAGCGCCUCGAGCUGCUCGCCGUAAACGAGCGCCACCCGCGUCUCGUGCGCAGGCGAAAUAAUAUUCUUGCAAGUCACAAAGAGUUCGAGCAAAUUUUAGUCGACAAUUAUAAAUUGUUUUUCAAUAUUCAAGACGAGGAAGAGCUGGAAUCAGAAGAAGAAGAGUUGGAAGAAGUUGACGAGACAAUUCUUGAUGAAGAUGAAAAGUUAGCUCGAGAAAAAAAAUUGCAAGAGAUAAUGGAACGACGCGAGGAAAAGCGACUAGCCCGAGAGGAGAGACAAAGGGAAAAAGCUGAAGCUGAAAGGUUGAAGUUUGAGCGAAGAGAGGCACGAAGAUUGAAAAGAGAGGCCAAAGAAGCAGAGAAAAAAGAACGGCAAGAUCGCAGAGAUGCAGGUGAGGAGGUAGAUUCUCCCGCGGAAGAGGAAGAGGAAAUUGAUCCAGAAGAGUUAGCAGAUAUUGAGGCAGAGCGAAUUGAGCAGGAACAGGAAGCAUUUAGAGCAGAGCGAUGGCCUGCUUACGUAAAAUAUGUCGAUUCACAGGUAUCGCGUCAAGUAAUGAAGGCUAUACAGACUAGCUUGGAUCUUUUUGAGACGCAGACCGAUCUGGAGAAGGGUCCACAAGUUCCCUUUAUGGAAGUCAUUGCGGAAUUAAAAGACCCAGAUAUUGUAUUUACCCCAUCUCUGGAGAUUGACGAUGAAUACGGCCUAUACGACACUCUCAAUGAAAUGAUGAAAGACAUGUUUUUGCAAGCCACGCUAUUUCCUCGAAUAGACCCCAUUGUUCCUAUUGCAAACUACGAAGAUGAUAUAGCAGACGAAGACGCAAUGAUUGACCUCUAUCAUGAACUGUUAAAAAGAAUCGAGAAUAGCAUUAAGGAUAUACUGCAGUACGCCUCGAAAUAUGAAAAAUACACACCGCUAUGGAUGGAAGAUAGGCAAGAAGUUUUAUCUGGUUUUCUAAAGUACGGUCGCGUAAUACCACCAGAGGAAUUCGACAAAUAUCAAUUUGAAAACGGUUGCGACCCUCCAGAAGCCAGACCGACGCUUGAAGAGUAUCAAAAAGAGAUCGACAAGUUCAACAUUUUAUACGAUGAAGUAGCCGCACUGCCGUCCGAGUACUUGUGCAACGGCUGGCUGAAGCUCGACCUGAAGAGACUUAACCAGGCUAUUAUGAACAUCGUAUGCAAGUGGAGUAAUCUCUACAAGCAGAAUCUGAAGGAUCACGUACAUACCAGCCUCGACGAGUUGGAGAAGUUCAUCGAAUACGCGAUGAAGGAGCUAUCGGUGGAGUUGGCCGAAGAUGACUACGAUGGGUUACUUAAGGUGAUGGAGGUCUUGAGCGAGGUUCGCGCCAAGCAGGAUGCCGGCGCUGAGCGAAUGUUCGAGCCUCUGCGCGACGUCAUGUAUUUGCUCAAGGAGUACGGCGUCGAGUUCCCGGAGGAGACUUACGAACAGAUGUUCCUCGAGACUUGUAAGGAGCCUUACAGGGAAAUCGACACGGUGCACCAGGAACUCAACAAUUUCGAGGAGAUGAUGCAAAGUCUGAAAACCUCUUGCGCAUUGUUCGACAUACAGCCGCCUGAUGAAAAGAAUCUUAAACAAUGCCGCAGGGAGCUAAAGCUUGUUAAGCAACUCUGGGAUUACUAUAAUCUUGUGAUGGGAACUAUUGAGUUCUGGAAGAAAUCGCCAUGGAAAAAGAUAGACGCCGAUGGUAUGGACCAGGAGUGCAAAAGAUUCACGAAGGAUAUACGUCAGUUAGACAAGGAUAUGAGGUCAUGGGAACCAUAUAUAUCAACAGAAGCAACUAUAAAGAAUUUAAUGACCUCUCUGCGAGCAGUGACAGAUUUACAGAAUCCUGCCAUUAAGGAUAGACAUUGGAUUGAGUUAAUGAUGGCCACAAAGGUUAAAUUCCACAUCGACGACGACACCACGUUAGCUGAUCUUCUCGCACUUAAUCUUCAUAAAUACGAAGAAGAAGUAAAAACAAUUGUUGAUAAAUCCGUGAAAGAAGCUGCAAUGGAGAAAACUCUCAAGGAGUUGGAAGCAACUUGGGCUGUUAUGGAAUUUGAAUACACAACACACGAUCGAACCAAUCUUCGCUUACCGAGGGCUAGUGAGGAGCUUAUAGAGAUUUUGGAGGAUAAUCAAAACCAAGUGCAAAAUAUGAUGUCGUCUAAGUUCAUCGGGUACUACGAGGAGGAGGCGACGGCGUGGCAAAAGAAGCUCGGCACCGCGGACGCGGUCAUCGCGCUCUGGUUCGACGUGCAGCGCAAGUGGCAGUACCUCGAGAGCAUCUUUGUAGGCUCUGAUGAUAUACGCGCUCAGCUACCGGAAGAUUCCAAAAGAUUCGACAGCAUUGAUAAAGUUUUUAAGGAAUUGUUAAAAGAUAUCGGUACCACACCUAACGUUGUAGAAGCAACUAACAAACCGGGACUGUUGGACAAGCUUGAAGAACUUAUGCAAGAGCUUAACAUCUGCGAGAAAGCUCUUAACGAUUACCUGGAAACCAAACGAUUAGCCUAUCCGAGAUUUUAUUUCGUUUCUUCUGCAGAUUUGCUGGACAUAUUAUCGAAUGGCAACAAUCCGCCGGCAGUGUGUCGCCACCUCCCUAAGCUGUACGAUAAUCUUGCUAAGCUGGUGUUUCCCAGCGCCACAAGUAAAGUAGCAUAUGAGAUGAUAUCCAAAGAGAAUGAGGAGCAUGUGCCUUUCAAAGCGCCGUGUUGUGACUGCUCAGGGAAGGUAGAGGUAUGGUUGAACCGUGUAACGGAUUGCAUGCGUUUCACUCUGCGCGAUAUAUUCGAGCACAGCGUGAAGUCAUAUGAGGAGAAGCCGCGCGACGAAUGGGUGUUCGACUGGCCCGCACAACCCGCGCUUGUCGGUACCCAAAUAUGGUGGACUGCCGAAACUAAUCAGGCCUUCGAGAAGUUGGAGGAGGGUUAUGAAAACGCGUUAAAAGACUAUCAGAAAAAACAAAUCGCACAGUUGAACGCACUAAUUGUUCUCCUGUUGGGUGACUUAACGGUCGGGGACCGGCAGAAGAUCAUGACCAUUUGUACCAUCGACGUGCACUCAAGGGACGUCGUCGCGAAGCUAAUCACGGCGAAGGUGGAAAACUCAAACGCGUUUCAGUGGCAGAGUCAACUGAGACAUCGCUGGGACAACAACUUGAACAACUGUUUCGCGAACAUCUGCGACGCACAGUUCCUGUACGACUACGAGUACUUGGGCAACACUCCGCGUCUCGUCAUCACGCCACUCACCGAUCGAUGCUAUAUCACCUUGACACAGAGUCUUCACCUGGUAAUGGGCGGAGCACCUGCGGGCCCGGCCGGUACGGGCAAGACGGAGACUACGAAGGACCUCGGUCGCGCGCUCGGCAUCAUGGUGUAUGUGUUUAACUGCUCCGAGCAGAUGGACUACAAAUCCUGCGGGAACAUUUAUAAAGGUCUAUGCCAGACAGGUGCGUGGGGCUGCUUCGAUGAGUUCAACAGGAUCUCGGUAGAAGUGUUGUCCGUGGUCUCAGUGCAGGUCAAGUCUGUGCUGGACGCGAUUAAGGCCAAGAAGAAGAAGUUCGAUUUUAUGGGCGAGAUCAUUACACUCAUUCCUACCAUAGGGAUGUUCAUUACCAUGAACCCUGGUUACGCGGGUAGAACGGAAUUACCCGAAAACUUGAAGGCGCUGUUCCGACCUUGCGCCAUGGUUGUACCUGACUUCGAGUUAAUUUGCGAGAUCAUGUUGGUAGCUGAAGGGUUUCAAGAGGCUCGAUUAUUGGCUCGCAAGUUUAUCACUCUGUAUAUGUUAUGUCGCGAGUUGCUCUCUAAGCAAGAUCACUACGACUGGGGCCUGAGAGCCAUCAAGUCAGUGCUCGUUGUUGCUGGCUCUCUAAAGAGAGGAGAUCGUCAAAGACCGGAAGAUCAAGUUUUAAUGCGCGCUCUGCGUGAUUUCAACAUACCGAAAAUCGUUACGGACGAUAUGCCGGUGUUCAUGGGACUCAUCGGGGACUUAUUCCCCGCGCUCGACGUGCCGCGCAAGAGAGACUUCGACUUUGAGAAAAGUUUGCACGAUGGAGCGGUAUCUAUGAAACUUCAGCCUGAACCGGGAUUCAUAUUGAAGAUGGUCCAACUAGUCGAGCUAUUCGCAGUGCGUCACUCCGUAUUCAUCGUGGGUUUCGCCGGCACCGGCAAGUCGAUGGUUUGGCAGUGCCUUCACAAGACCUAUCAGAUGUUGAAGAUGAAGCCGUACUACAACGAUUUGGAUCCGAAAGCGGUCACCAACGACGAGUUGUUCGGCGUCAUCAACCCAGCCACGCGUGAAUGGCGCGACGGUUUAUUCUCGACCAUUAUGCGAGAUAUGGCCAAUAUGCCAGGGGAUGGACCCAAAUGGAUCGUGCUCGAUGGAGAUAUCGACCCCAUGUGGAUUGAGAGUCUAAACACCCUCAUGGACGAUAAUAAGGUGUUGACGCUGGCGAGCAACGAGCGCAUCGCGCUGACUAAGUCGAUGAGGCUGCUGUUUGAGAUCUCGAAUCUGCGCACGGCCACACCGGCCACCGUGUCGCGCGCCGGCAUCCUCUACAUCAACCCGCAGGACCUGGGCUGGAACCCAUUUGUGGCGUCGUGGAUUGAAAGUAAUCGCGACGACGAGUCGGAGAAGGCGAUGCUGACUGUGAUGUUUGACAAGUAUAUUCCUGCCCUGCUGGAAACGUCCAAGAAGUACAAGCGCAUCACGCCGCUGACAGACUUGCAGCAAAUACAACUCACCUGCUACCUUCUCGAGUGCUUCCUCAACAAGACGCUGUUGCCUAGCGAUUGUCCAAAGGAAUGGUAUGAAAUCUACUUCGUGUUUUCUGUCGUGUGGGGCUUCGGUUCCGCACUCUUCCAAGACCAACUUAUAGACUGGCGCAACGAAUUCAGCAAGUGGUUCUGCAAUGAAUUCAAGCAGAUCAAGUUUCCCUCCACUGGAAAUGUUUUCAGUUUCUUUAUCGACCCAGAAACAAAGAAGUUUUUACCAUGGUCGGAGAAGGUGGAGGCGUUUGAGCUCGAUCCAGAUUUACCGUUACAGUCGUGCCUGGUGUCGACGUCGGAAACGACGCGUAUCCGCUUCUUCAUGGACUUGCUGGUGGGUAAGCAGAAGCCGCUGAUGCUGGUGGGUGCGGCGGGCAGCGGCAAGACCGUCAGCGUCGCCGCCAAGCUCAACGCGCUUCCCGACUCCUACGCCAUCACCAACGUACCGCUCAACUUCUAUACCACCUCCGAAAUGAUUCAGAAAGUUUUAGAGAAGCCUCUAGAGAAGAAAUCGGGCCGAAAUUUCGGCCCACCAGGUGGCAAGUUCAUGAUUUACUUCGUAGACGACAUGAACAUGCCCGAAGUAGACACGUACGGUACAGUGCAGCCGCACACACUCAUAAGGCAGUUCAUGGACUACAGACAUUGGUACGACAGACAGAAAUUAUCGUUGAAAGAAAUAUCAAACUGCAUGUUUGUCUCCUGCAUGAAUCCCACCGCCGGAUCGUUCACUAUCGAUUCACGUCUGCAGAGACAUUUCUGUACCUUCGCCGUCAGUUUCCCGGCGCUGGACGCGUGCUACCACAUCUACCAGCAGAUCCUGUCUCAGCACCUUAACAACCCGCUGAACAAGUUCAGCUCGGCGGUGCAACGCUAUGCGGACACGCUGGUGACCACGGCUCUCGCACUGCACACCAAGCUCGCCUCCACGUUUCUGCCUACUGCUAUCAAGUUCCAUUACAUAUUCAAUUUGAGGGACCUGUCGAAUAUAUUUCAAGGUAUCCUAUUCACGACGGGCGAAGUGAUAAAGCAGUCGUCGGAACUGCUCCGAUUGUGGCUGCACGAGGCCACGCGCGUUUACAGCGACAAGCUGGUCUCCGCUACAGACAACGACGUCUUCAACAAACUCAUCGCCGACGUCAUUAAGAAGAACUGCGAGGACUAUGACGAGAACCUGGUAUUCGAAAAGCCUUUAAUUUACUGUCAUUUCGCGGAAGGCGUGGGCGACCCCAAGUACAAUCCGGUACGCGACUGGGCGCAAAUCAAGCGCCUCCUUGAGGAGUCCCUUGCCGCUUACAACGACCUGGUGGCCACUAUGAACCUCGUACUUUUCGAAGACGCCAUGUACCAUAUCUGUCGUAUUAACCGUAUCCUCGAGUUUCCGCGUGGGAACGCCUUACUAAUCGGUGUAGGCGGCUCUGGAAAGCAGUCCUUAUCUAGAUUGGCUGCAUUCAUUUCUUCGCUCGAAGUGUUCCAGAUGCAACUGCGCAAGGGCUACAGUAUUAACGAGCUCAAAGUGGAUUUGGCCGGCCUUUACAUAAAGGCGGGUCUCAAAAACAUAGGCAACGUGUUCCUUAUGACCGACGCGCAAGUGGCCGAUGAACGUUUCCUCGUACUUAUCAACGACUUACUCGCUUCCGGCGAAAUUCCCGAUCUCCUCCCUGAUGAGGAAAUGGAGAACGUUAUAAAUGGAGUGCGCGGAGAGGUGAGCUGA